AUGCCUUCUUCAGUAUUGGCUAAACGUUUUGAAGCCGAUAUUUUGAAUCAAACAAGAACAAUAACAUCCUCUUCUUCUUCACCUAGUCGAAAUACUUAUUUUUUAGAUGGUGGACAUCGAUUUAUUUCUUUACCGACAUUAGGGACUCAUACCAAGACAGCGGCACAUAUCUCCAGGGUAUUUGAAGAAUGGCUACAAAACAAAUUAUAUCAUCAACAUAUGGCUGAUGAUCGAUUACCUAUCUUGGAAGACAGUGUGGACUUGUUAGCCGAGGAUAUCAUGAACAAACUGAAAUCAAGACAAUCUGUACGUGGUCUUAUUGGUGGGGUGGCGAAAAUCAUGAUCAAGAUUCGAACAGGCCAUAUGUAUUGUUUCCAUCAACAAACCGAUAAUGGUCUUCCUUCCAUCGAGGCAAAUGUCAUGGACUUUAUACAACAAUUUCCUUUGUUUUUAGAUACCGUUAUCUAUGUCGUGCCUACCUAUACCGAACAUGUCCAGGAUGAUUGCAUUCCUAUCCUCAUUACCAUUGAAAACGUCAGUACCAAUCCCUCAGAUCCAUAUUAUCUAUUUGAAAAUGUAUCUCUUUUAGGGUAG